AUGAGUUGUCAUACAUGGAAGAUAUAGGGACAUCCCGUAAAAAAGGCUGCCGAGCAGAGAGGAAGAAAAGAGGCAGCGGUAAAAUCAUAACAUCAUUUUGAAGAUUUUACUGGAAAAAGGACAACUAACUCGUGCUAGAAAGAACAACAACAUCCUUUAGGAGAUCUCUUCGCCAAGAAUGGCUUAGCCCAACUUGAGAUAAGACGGUAGGUGUGUAAUCUAGAGCGGGGAGAAAUCCAAAGAUGCCCUUCACUUUAACGCCAAAAAGUCACAUGUUCCAGCUGAGAAGAUGAUUAACUUGACUUCAGUGUGUUGUGGGUCAGUAUGACCCUCCACAGUGUUGAAGAGGUCCUAGGGAACUCAAGUGUUGCACAUGAGCAGCAAAGUAAGCUGGACUGUAAGUCUUAAGCAGAUUCAGUCCACAAGGCUUACAUCCUUCCUGCAGAGAAUGGUGUCAACAGGAUUUGUCAGGAUACAAGAGGAGAGGCUGGUGAUGGCUGAGGUCACCUUGCAGGACGGGCUGCAGACUGGCUUCAGGUCUGAACCCCCUCACUCGGAGAGUCGCCGCCAUUCAGAGCGGGGGCAGAGGUCACCGGGAUACUCUGAGGACAGGGACUGUCACUUUUCAGAGACGGAUGCCAUGUUGCCACAGGAAAGGUUCUCCGAAGAAGAGGAGGAAGAAGAGAAGGAAGAGGAGUCAACCACCAGAAAGAUGCCAAAGGAGUCGCCGCUGGCCAUGGCACUGCAGAUCUUGCUGCCCUUCCUCUUGGCAGGGUUUGGCACGGUGUCAGCUGGCAUGGUGUUGGAUAUAGUUCAGCACUGGGAGGCCUUUACGAACAUCACUGACAUCUUCAUCUUGGUUCCAGCUCUUCUAGGCCUGAAAGGUAACCUUGAAAUGACCUUGGCGUCCAGACUGUCCACUGCUGUAAAUGUAGGAAAAAUGGACUCUCCUAUUGAGAAGUGGAACCUGAUUAUUGGAAAUCUGGCACUCAAGCAGGUUCAGGCGACCGUGGUGGGAUUCCUGGCUGCAGUGGCGGCAGUCAUCCUUGGCUGGAUCCCAGAAGGGAAGUUCCAGAUGGACCAUGCUGUGCUUCUGUGUUCCAGCAGUGUGGCCACAGCCUUCAUCGCUUCUCUCCUGCAAGGUACUAUAAUGGUCGGUGUUAUCGUCGGCUCAAAGAAGACAGGUAUAAACCCAGACAAUGUUGCUACCCCCAUUGCAGCCAGUUUUGGGGAUCUCAUCACUCUUGCCAUAUUGGCUUGGAUCAGCCAGGGUCUUUACAACUGUCUUGGGCCUUACCCCUAUGUGUCUUCUUUGGUGUGUGCCUUCUUCCUGGCCUUGACACCCCUGUGGAUCGUAAUCUCUUCAAAGCACCCAGCCAGUCGGACCCUGCUAUACUCUGGGUGGGAGCCUGUCAUCACCGCCAUGAUCAUUAGCAGUAUUGGGGGUCUCAUUCUGGACAAAACUGUGUCUGAUCCAAACUUGGCCGGCAUUGUUGUCUAUACCCCAGUAAUUAACGGUAUUGGUGGUAAUUUAGUGGCUAUCCAGGCUAGCCGAAUAUCUACCCACCUCCAUUUCCACAGCAUUCCAGGGGAGGUUCCAGAGGAGGCAAAGGGCUGCUACUACCCCUGUAGGACCUUCUGUGGUGCAGGCGCCAAUCACCGGUCAGCCCAGGUGUUGCUCCUAUUGGUCAUCCCCGGCCACCUGAUCUUUCUGUACACUAUUCACUUGAUGAAGAGCGGCCACACCACCCUCACCCCCAUCUUCAUGACGGUCUACCUAGCUGCAGCGCUUCUGCAGGUGUUGACACUCCUGUGUAUCGCAGACUGGAUGGUUCACCGCAUGUGGAGGAAUGGGAAGGACCCUGACAGCUUCUCCAUCCCCUACCUGACUGCUCUGGGAGACCUCCUGGGAACUGCCCUGCUGGCAAUAAGCUUCCACUUCCUUUGGGUCAUUGGGGAUCAGGACAGCGAUGUUGGGGACUGAACACCUGCCUACCUGACUGCCUUCCCGACUACCUGUCCCCUUGUUUUCUGAGACUAGUUACCUGCAUCUACUAUCAGUCUGUCCGUUCUUAAGCCACAUUCACAAUCUCAAUCACUGGACCCUGUAACUGGUGCUUGUCCCUUCUACAGCAAGUGUACUAGGAGUCUGACUGACUGACUAAUUAUCCCCUAUGCAGAGUUCCCUGCAGUGCCAACAUGGAUACACACCAGCUGCGCAUUGCAGGCAAAAUCUAGAUAGAGGAUACGUGAAGGUUAUCAGUGAGAUAUCCACAAUUAUCUCUCCAAGUUAGCUAGGCCUUGGAAGUAAAUAGGAUAAUAUACUGAAGACCGUCACAUAUUCUAUUUCUACGCAAGGUCAAUUGGAACAAUUGGGAGAUUUAAAAAGCGGUGCACUUUCUAUACUUUAUUUAUCUGCUUUUGUAAUAUUUAUCUAUUCAAAAGUGUUUGCCAGCUGUGUGGCUAAGCAUCAUUUAUCAUCCUCAAUGUCAGUGUGCAUACCCUGCUGCCAGCGCCUAGUCUAACUGAGGGGCCCAGAGACCAAGCAGCCAACUCUCUCAUGCAUCUUUAAUGCGACUGCGCCAUUAAUAUCUGUCUAUUCUCAUGUGGCUCAGUGUGCUGAGUCGUUACAGGUUUCUACACCUGUCAGACAGGAGCUUUAGAUUGUAUCAGUCACUUAAAUCUGACUGAAAAGCUUUACUUUUUAAAAUUUUUUUUUUUUUUUUUUCUUUUUCUACUGCUGACACAAAAUCUCAUGUUUCCCUGAAGGAAACUCUACAAAACAUGCCUGUCUAGCUGUAUCAUUAUCACUCAGCAGGUACAGGCGGAAGCAUCAGUUUACAUUCUCUCUUUUAAUUGACUUGGAUUGCUGUUGGCAUCAACCUAAACCUCCAAGAUGCAAUCACGACUGGCAUUAAAGUGAGUAAAAAAACUGCAAUGUGGAACGUGAAUGCAGUUUGUAACAUAAUUUAAGCCAUCAGUGCAAGUUAUACCAAGUUAUCUUGGCUCGUAGGCAAGUGGUUUAAAUGGUAGAUAUAGAACUGAAGUUUCAUGUGUGGAAGUAUCUAACCUCUCUGAGCAGUAUAUAGUACCUAGAGCAAGAAGCUGUUAACUCCUAUUACAAUCAAAGACCAACAAACUUCAAACAGACUGAUCCAGCUCUUAUGGGGACUUCACCUGUCAAAGUGCAAGAACUGCAAGUUACUAUCACUGCUGUUGAAUUGCACAUGUUUUUCUUUCCUAGCAAACUCAUUUUUACUUUUGAAGCCCGGUCCCUGCUUUUAACAUAUUUCCUCCUACAGAGUUGCAGUUUUUUUCACAUCCAACUUUUAUUUUCAGACACCAGUGCACAGGUAUAGAGUUAUACACCAGUUGGUCAACCAUUCAUUCCAUGUGAUUUGACUGUACUGUAGGAUCAAGAUUUUAUGGCUCACUGGUAUAUUAAAUUCAAUUGCAUACAUCAGUAAUGCUACCUAACACACAAAGUAUUAUCCUCACAAGUGAGGGCCUGAUCUGCUAGACUGGUUCUUGGUUCUGGUAACGUCUCAUUUUGGGGUAUUACUGCUGGUAUACACCGGUGAAGUGUUUUUUGUAUUUUAGAUAGUUUUUCUUUUCUUCCUUUAAAACUUAGUUAUUUUCUUUUUUUUACUGACCUUGUGGUGCGUAGGGAUAUUCUCCUAGUGUUGGGUGAUGAGUUUUCAUACAGGAUAAAGACUGUUUUUAUUUUUUAACCCAUUGACUUUUUAUAAACUUUCAUGUCAUUGAUCAUAUUUGUUUUGAGUCAAUUCAGGUUCUUAUUAGAAACAUCAUUAAACUUGUUGAGAUUAGCUGCAUUGAACACCGCCGGAUGGAGUGUGUGGAGGUGACCAAUGCUGAGAUCAGAUCUGUAGUGAUCUAGUUAAAAGUCAAGCACUGUUAAAUGCAGCUUAUCAGAUACGCAAACCGUUUGAAACGUUUUGCAUAAUGAACAUCUUUCAGGAUGUUUCAAUUAAGAACCAGAGUUGGCCCAAAACAAAUAUUUUCCUCCAAAAGUUGGAUGAUUUAUUACAGAUUUUUGGGCACUGAUCAAAAAUGAACUGAGAAUAGUUAAAGUCCUACAUGUAAUAUUAAGUCGAACUGGAAGCUGUGAUUGGGAUUGUUGAGAACCUGGUGGGAAUAAUUAAAAAAUAUUUGUCAUUUCAGAUCUGCUGCAACAAUGUUUAUCAGCAGGUACUUGAACAUUUAUGAAAGUAAUUGUUGU